GCUGGAAGACGGUCUCAGCCUGCCCCCAGAGUGGGCGGAAGGUGAUUGGUUGGCGCUCUCUUCCAAUCAGCGGCGGGCUGUCGGAUUCAAACCUGGCUCGUUCCGCCUGCUGUCGGUUGGUCGCAAUCGAGUCGUUGCCUUGGCCUGACGUGGACGUGCGGCUCGCUGCGCCCGCUUUUCUCGCCCCAUCGCUCGGGUUCCGCGCUGCUCCCCCGUCCGCCGGCAGGAUGGCCCAUAAGCAGAUCUACUACUCGGACAAGUACUUCGACGAGCACUACGAGUACCGACAUGUCAUGUUACCCAGAGAACUUUCCAAACAAGUACCCAAAACCCAUCUGAUGUCUGAAGAGGAGUGGAGGAGACUUGGUGUCCAACAGAGUCUAGGCUGGGUUCAUUACAUGAUUCAUGAGCCAGAACCACACAUUCUUCUCUUUAGACGACCUCUUCCAAAAGAUCAACAAAAAUGAAGUACAUCUGGGAAUCGUCAAUUAAAUCUUUUUCAAAUUUAAUGUAUAUGUGUAUAUAAGGUAGUAUUCAGUGAAUACUUGAAAAAUGUACAAAUUGUUCAUCCAUACCUGUGCAUGAGCUGUAUUCUUCACAGCAACAGAGCUCAGUUAAAUGCAACUGCAAGUAGGUUACUGUAAGGUGUUUAAGAUAAAAUUUCUUGUCAGUUUUUCUCUUAAUAUAAGUGCCUGUUUGACUUUACUUGUUACUUUUGUUAAAUAAAGUUUGUAUGUUGCAUUUAUCAA